UUUUCGUGUCGCGGUGGAACUCUUCCUCUCCGUCGUUGUUUCCGGUCGGACCAUAACACCGGAACACGACAUGGCGACCUCCUUGCUGCGGUUAGGGCGUCUGGGUUCUCUCAAGUGUCUCCGGCUGGAGAGCCUGGGCGUCCUGAGGAACCGUUCUGCUGCAUCAUUCUGCACUCAGGCCGAACAGCCCCCGGCAAAGAAAAAGACAAAGGCUGCAAGCAAAAAUGACAGAGCGAACCUGCUCGCCUACAAGACCACAGUUGCCUUUCCAGUUAAACUCUUAGACCCUGGAGUUUUCCCAUCACAGUCUCUAGGUUCUGCUGCAGAAACAGUCGCAGCUGCAGCCGCAGCACCACCCAUCACAGCUAAAGCUGAAGCAGCUGCAGAAGCUCUAGUAGCUGCAGCUGAACCUCCAGCAGCUGCAGCCGAACCUCCAGUAGCUACAGCCGAACCUCCAGCAGCUGCAGCCGAACUUCCAGCAGCUGCAGCCGAACUUCCAGCAGCUGCAGCCGAACUUCCAGCAGCUGCAGCCGAACUUCCAGCAGCUGCACCCGAACCUCUAGCAGCUGCAGCCGAACCUCCACCACCUGCAGCUCCAGCCGAACCUCCAGCAGCUGCAGCAGAACCUCCAGCAGCUGCAGCCGAACCUCCAGCAGCUGCAGCCGAACCUCCAGCAGCUGCAGCCGAACCUCCAGCAGCUGCAGCCGCAGCCGAACCUCCAGCAGCCGCAGCCGAACCUCCAGCAGCUGCAGCUGAACCUCCAGCUGCUGCAGCCGAACCUCUAGCUGCUGCAGCCGCAGCCGAACCUCCAGCUGCUGCAGCCGCAGCCGAACCUCCGGCAGCUGCAGCUGAACCUCCGGCAGAACCUGCACCACAGGACUUAGUUGUAGCUGAAGCCCCUGUGGUUGAAGCCCCUCCAGCUGCUGUAGAAGAUGCUCCAGUUCUUGCCUCCACCUCAGAUGAUGGAAUCAAAGCUGCUUCUACUGAACCCACUGAUCCUGCGGUUGAUGCCUCAUCUUCUUCCUCAUCCAGCGACUCCGACUCCGACUCCGACUCUGACUCAGACUCUGAAGAUGAGAAGUCAGACGUGAAACCCACGCCCACAGAAGUGAAAGAAGACAUGCCUGAAGCAGAAGCUGCACCUGAAGCAGCUCCAAUAGAGACACCGAGCACCACGGAGGAGUUAAAGGAUUCAGCCCCGGAGACCUGCACCAGCACUCAAGAAACGCUGGAGGCCAAAGAAGAAGCUCCAGCAGUGGUAGAAGCUGAAACGGCGCCAGUAGAAGCUGCAGAGCCUGUAGCUGAGGUCUCCCCUCCUGUAGAGGGUGCUGAAGAGCUGGUGGACCCAGCACCAGUUGUUGAAGCUGUAGGAACCCGUGUAGAAGCUGAAGCAAUACCUGAAGUGGUGGUUUCCCCUGCUGUGGAGAGCACUGAGGAGUUGGUGGAUUCUGCUCCAGUUGUAGCUGAAGCUGCUACAGAGUCUGUAACUGAAGCUGCGCCCGUAGAAGCUGAAGCUGCACCUGUAGAAGCUGAAGCUGCACCCGUAGAAGCUGAAGCUGCACCCGUAGAAGCUGAAGCUGCACCCAUAGAAGCUGAAGCUGCACCUGUAGAAGCUGAAGCUGCACGCGUAGAAGCUGAAGCUGCACCCGUAGAAGCCGAAGCUGCGCCUGUAGAAGCUCCUGCAGAGCCUGUAGUUGAAGCAGCCCCAGUCGAAGCUGAAGCACCCCCUGUAGAAGCGGCCACUGAAGCUGUGGCUGAAGCUGCCCCAGUAGAAGCUGAAGCUUCCCCAGUAGAAGCUGAAGCUGCCCCUGUAGAAGCUGAAGCUGCACCUGUAGAAGCUGAAAUUGCCCCAGUAGAAGCUGAAGCAGCCCCUGUAGAGGCUGCAGCUGAGACUCCGCCCCCUGCUGAGGAGCUGGUGGAUCCUGCUCCGGUCGUGGCUGAAGCUGCAGGAGAGGAGAUCCAGGCCGAGGCUCCAGUUGAAGCUGAGGAAGCCCCUCCCCCUGCCGCCGCGGCCCCCCCGGAGCCUGAAGAGCCGUUUGACAACAGCACGUAUAAGAACUACCAACACCACAGCUACACGCCGUUCACAUUCGCCGACUUGGACCUGGAGAUGGCCAAGUACCGCCUCCCCCAGCCCUCGUCCGGCAGACCCUCCCCCCGACACUAGAGGAUGAUGAUGGUGCCCCUCCCCCUUUUACCUGUCAGAUCUGAACUCAUCGUUGUAAUGUUCUAUUAUUAAAGUUCACAUGAGAGAUGAA